CUUGGCUCAGCAUGUGAUGUGAAAAACAAUAUAACAUUUAACUGGCACUUCGGGUUUGUUGUUGGUAGGUUUACCUACACAACGUAUCAAGACUGUAUGAGUGAAACAUGUAAACUAUCUAUUGCCAAUCCGAACAAGCGUCGGUCUAUCUUCCGAGUGACUAGCUACUCCUUCAUGGAUCUCUCCUCGCUGGACUACAACGGGCAGAUGGUGGCUGAUUACGAAAUAAUCUUGCGAAAAUAAUGAUGAGGAAUUUAUAGCAGUGGGGUUAUAGGCCUGGGAUUCGCAAUGAAGCCUCUCUUUGGAGGCUGGUGGAGCUACAACAACUGGUGAUUCGAUGAUGCCGGCACUAUUAAUUAUAUGUACGGAGUCACGGACUAUAUCUCCACCUAUGUAGCCUACAACUUGGGUUACAACCUUUCACUCAAUCUUGACUUUCAAGUGUAUGAUACGAGCUUGAGAGAAGACGAAGAGGACAAGGAGGAUGUAUUCUCGUUCAAAGCUGAUUUUGAAGAAGAAGAGCUUAUUGAUGGUGAAGAUGCUCUAGAAAUAAUUCUUCCUGAAAUCUCAGAUCUAGUUGAGGAUGUGCACGACUUCACUAUCCUUAACAUCCAGGAGGAUGAGCAGCUCCAGGUAAAGUCUGAGGAAGCCUCUAUAGAUGAAUACGGCAAAGGGCAUUACGAGGAGUCUCUCACAGUUGACGAAUAUGCUGACAAAGUCAUAGAGUCUGCUGACAAAAUCUCUGUGGAUGAAUUCGCUGGCAAUUUUAUCGAAGAAUCCUUUGACUCUGAUGAGUACGAUACGGAGCAGGAGGAAGAGCAAGGCAGCAAGGAUGAGUAUGACCUUGACCAACAAGAAGAGACUGCUCAUGUUGAUGUCUAUGAUUUCUCAGAAGUUGAAAGCCACCAAAGUGAUAAACAACCUUAAGAGGAUACUGCGAAUAAUUGCAAUUUGAGUCAUAAAACGAAGCUCAUAGAUUUACUGAUGCUGAGUUUGAAUCAAAUUUGAUUCAUAUUUUUAUCGGGAAAUUAUCUCGAAUAGAUCCUCAACUGAGAGGAAUUUAAUAAGAACGAGAUUAUUCAAAAUUGGAUAACUAGCAGCCUGUAUAGUUCUUUUAUUCCAGCUGAUUUUGAUAGAUUUCCUCUUCAUUUGAUGCAACAUUGUUAUAAUCUCUAAAUUGACUAUAUGCCACGAAGUUAUGGUGAGAUACCUAACGAUGACAUUAUCACUGAGAAUCUCUUAUUUAAUCGACUAGCUUUCUAAACCUGUCAUCAGAGUCUGUAGUCAGACAACUUCGUAAUUAUUUUUGCUCGAAAGAUACUUCUAGGAACCGGAAGCUCACUUCUGAGGAGCAGUUAUUGUAAAUUGGUUUAAUUCAAUUGUA